AUGCCUCAAACAAUGGAUAACCAGAAAGCAUUAGUUCAUCAUAGUUUACUCGAGGAAGAUGAUCCUACCCGCGUAUCAGAUGAUUGUGAUAAUCCGAAUGGAAUACAACCGCCUGGCUCUACAAACGAAGAAGACGUCAACAAAGAAGCUAUUUUACAGGAUCAAGUUAGCAGGACUACAAACAGGGGAGAUCAACCAGCAAAUAAUGAAAUCGAGUGCUUGGAGUAUCAAAAUGAUAAAAAACCAAAGUCUUCUCCAACAUCUGUUUGUGAAGCAACAGCAGCAACAGCUAGGGCGCCAUCAAUAUCAAACACAGAAGAAAUAUUUGACUCAGACAAACCAGUCACAGAAGCUCCCAAGGUAAUGUUUUGGAAAACUCUAACUUUUUGGCAACGUGCCACCGAGCAAGAGAGCCCUAAAGGUGAUGCACCUGAGCAGGCAGACAAAUCAACACCACCGCUCCAGGAGGAAGAGAGUGAUAAAAUAAACUCUCCACUUUCAAUGACAGGAGAAACAAUAACAAGUAACAUCCUUAAUACAAGUAACGCCACUACCACAGUCACUGAAGAAAAUAUUGCGUUACAUCAAGAACUAAAGGCAAGCGUUAAUGAGACCUAUGAUGAUACUGAAGAGACCAAUUUUAUAUGGGGGAUGACAAGGAGGGUUUCGUAUAUGCCAUUUUUACAAGCAAAACCGCACAACGGUACUUCAGAUGAGGCUCAAAAGAAUACACUCACAAGCCCCGCUGAGAUAAAUAUGAAAAAUCAUGAAUCGGUUGGGAACUCUUCCAAAACAGUUGGCUCCGAAAUUGAGGAGAGUAAUAAGGGAAUAUUGUCAUGGUUUGUCCCCUGGAAAUGGGAUUCUCAGAAAACUGGAAACGAAAGUGUAACUGAAUCCACAAAUGAAUCUGUUAGUGGUAUAGUUGAAGACGAACUUUUGAGGGUACAGCGGAAGGAACUUUCUAAUCAAAUAAAAUGCUUGUCAUAUGGUAUACCGAAAACCGUUACAUGGGGUUUUAUGAGAUACAACGAAGAUGAGUUUGGCCAGGCCGUAAUAUCAGGCCUCCUUUACAAAAAGCCCAUCCUGCUGAAAAAACUGCCUCCAUCGAUGUUGGAACUUAAUGAACAGGCCUUAGGUAAGAGACCAGAUACAGAAAUGGCAACUACAUCUAUGAACGAAUCAGUCGUAUUACCGGAUAUAGGAUGGAAUUAUAGGCAUAUAACAAUGAAGACUGCUUGUAGAAUACACUUGUCCAGGGUUCCUAAAUUGGAGAAAUUCUUUACUCCUCAAAAGCAUCUUUACUAUGAUGAUUCAGUAAAGAAGGUGACAAGAAGUAGCUCCAAGAAGCUAUUCAAAAGAGUCACUGUUUUGUGUUUCCAUUCUUUCUUUCCCCAAAAAGUCGUCAAAAAUAUUAUUGGCGAAUCUACAGGAACAUCUGAGCAAAUGUGCGAGAUGACCGUCAAAGAACUAAAGCGGUGGGGAUCUAUCAAUAACGUUGAAUUGGACAUGGCAAUAAUCAAUCUAGAAGGUCAUGGGAAAUUGUUUAACAGAGUAAAUGGAUGUCUAUCCAUUUUAGAAAAUUGGACCGAACCCAUAAAGAACUGUGAUUAUUUGAUUUCUGUUGCGAAUUCUGACAGUGUACCUUUGGCAAUUCAUGUGAACUCAAAGUUAAUUACUUCAGAGAUAUUAAGCAAUGUUGAGAAAAUGGGACUGAUAGGGCUAUCGAGCUUGUGUAUGGGUCCUAUUCCGGAGAUUGAAAGUAAGAUCAGCACUCGUGGGAGUGUCGGACAGGACAAUGAAAUGAUAAGUGAAUUGUUUGACCUGGAAGACCCAGAAUCGUUACAAAGCAAAGAGAUAAUUAGAAAUAUGAGGAUAUUGCUAAGAAAAAAUUGCAAAGUCACUUUUGUUGGUUCUUUGAACGACUGCUUUUCACCGUUAUAUUCAAGUUUAGGAUUGCAAUUGUUACAUCCCAAUAUCUAUCGGGCAUUGUACAUAGAUGGGAAAGACCAUCAACCAGAUUUCUUGAUAAGUUUAUUCAAUCUGAUAUUGACUGUGAAGAAUUUGAAUUAUAAAGACCAUGGGCUACUGAUUGAAUUGAGCAGUUACUUUUCCGGCCAGAUCGGCGAUGGCGGCCACUGUAAGUUGCUAAACGAUAAACACAGUUAUCGAGUCGGAAUCAACAACAUGCUCAAUACGAGCGAUCUCUUCUACGAACAACCAUUAGUCGAGGAAUUGACUAAUGUCAGGGAGUAUGAUCCGAAUGACUAUCAUAUUCCAUGGUGCCUUAGAGGGUUCCUUGAAGAGCUAGAGAGGCUACAAAAACAUUUUGAUAUCAGACAGAUUAUCGAACAACUCUACGAGGAAUUCAAGAGUUGGGAACCAGAGACACCAAGGAAGAAGAACCUAAAAUAUUGCAUGCAGGCUUUUGAGUAUGUACUCAACGAGGAUUUUGGGUUUAGAGAUUGA